GGUGAUCCCACCCCUCAACUUGCCGCCGCGUUUAUCUCCUCAACACCGGAGUCGGAGCUGCGACUUUCUCACACUGACAGAGAGAAUGGAGAGAAGCUGACGCGCCGUCACUGACCACCGCACCGUGAACCCUCCUCAGCGAGCUGCGCUCCUCUAAACUCCAUGCAGAGCCGUAAACAGAUCGACUUUUCAGAACUUUUCGGAGAAGCGACAGCUCCUUCUUUUAUCGUGGAGACUUUCAGCGCGUUAUUACGCAUGACGCGCCAAAGGAUGGCUCGUUUUCAAAGCGGACUACUGCGAGUGUUGUGUGUGUUUCUCUCUGUUUCUCUGGCUGAUUCGUACAACAUAGACUUGGAACAUCCUCUGGUGUUCCGCGGACCGAAUUCGAGCUUUUUUGGCUACUCCGUGCUGGAGCACUAUCAUGACAACACGCGCUGGGUCAUUGUCGGAGCACCGAGGUCAAACUCGACCUACAGUAGCUAUGUGCGCUCACCCGGAGCUGUCUACAAGUGUCGGGUUCACAGCAACCCAGAGCUGCGCUGCACAGAGAUGGACCUGGGGAGAGGAAACAAGUUGAGGGAGUCAUGUGGGAAGACGUGUCAAGGGGACCGGGAUGACGAGUGGAUGGGGGUCAGCUUGGCCCGACAGGACCGCACCAACGGCAGAAUAUUGGCCUGUGCUCACCGCUGGAAGAACGUCUACUACGACUCGGAGCAUAUUCUUCCUCAUGGAUACUGCUCCGUCAUCCCACCCAAUCUCCAAGGCCGGACCAAGCCACUCAUCCCAUGUUAUGAAGACUAUAAGCAGAAGUAUGGCGAAGAGCACGGCUCGUGCCAAGCUGGGAUUGCAGGAGUUUUCACGGAGGAGCUGGUCGUGAUGGGAGCGCCGGGGUCGUACUACUGGACCGGAACAAUCAAAGUCUACAACAUGACCUCUGACACCUUCUACAGCCCCAACAAAGAAGAUGUGGACUCUCACAGAUACAGCUACCUCGGCUACGCUGUGACCGCCGGACACUUCUCCUCUCCAAAUGUCAUCGACAUCGCCGCUGGGGCUCCACAGCACAGCGGCAGCGGCAAAGUUUAUAUUUUCAAAAUCGAUGGAGGGUCGCUGGUGAAGAGUUUUCAAGCCUCAGGGAAAAUGAUGGGCUCUUACUUUGGCUCCUCAUUGUGUGCAGUUGAUCUGAACCAGGACGGCCUGUCAGACCUGCUGGUGGGGGCACCCAUGCACAGCCAGCUGCGGGAUGAGGGCCAGGUGUCUGUGUACCUCAGCAAGGGCAAUGGUGUAAUGGAGGAAGAAGCUGUCCUGAGCGGCGACAGUGCUUACAACGCUCACUUUGGGGAGUGCAUUGCCGCCAUUGGAGACAUCGAUGACGAUGGCUACCAAGACGUCGCCAUCGGAGCCCCUAAAGAGGACGACUACGGGGGUGCAGUGUAUAUCUACCACGGGGACGCCACGGGAAUCAUUAAAAAAUACUCUAUGAAAGUAUCUGGGCGCAGUGUAAAUCCUGGUCUGCAGAUGUUUGGCCAGUCCAUCUCUGGUGAUGUGGACAUGGAUGGCAACGGAUACGCAGAUGUAACAAUCGGGGCGUUCAUGGUGGACAGCGUGGUGCUGCUGAGAUCCAGACCUGUCAUAUCCGUGGAUGUCUCCAUCUCCUUGCCCGUCUCCAUCAACAUCUCAGUCCCUCAGUGCCACGAAGCCCACUCUAACCUUAACUGCUUCGUCAUGACAGUCUGCAUGCGGUUCCAUGGCCGACAGCUUCCUGGACAAAUAGAGCUGCUGUACAACCUGACUGCCGACGUGGACAAACGACAGAAGAGUCAGCCGUCGCGGAUUUACUUCACCCAGAGCGGAUCUCAGGUCAGCCAGAUGAGCCAACAGCUGAGUCUGCGCAUCAACCGAGAGGAGUGUCAGCGCUACACAGCCUACGUCAAGAAAGACGUGAAAGACGUGUUCACUGCCAUCAGAUUCGAGGUCUCCUACAGCCUGGGGAAGCACUUUGUGUCGGGGCACCAGGACCAUGAUCUUCCAGCACUCACUCCAGUGCUGCGCUGGAGGAAGGGGAGCAAGAUAGCAGUGAGGAAUGAGACUUGGUUUGAGAAAAACUGCCUGUCGGACGACUGCGCUGCAGACUUGAGGCUUCAUGGGAAACUGCUGCUUUCUGGGUUGUACAUCAAACCCCAUCUGGCGCUCGGAGGAGUGAGGAACGUCUCUCUGAACUUGACCAUAUCAAACGCCGGCGACGACGCCUACGACACAAACAUCUACUUCAACAUCUCCCGAGAAGUUUUCUACAUCAACUUCUGGCAGAAGGAAGAGAAGGGCAUUUCCUGCGAGCUUGUCGAUUUGGACUUCCUCAAAUGCAGUGUGGGAUUUCCCUUCAUGAGAGCACAGACUAAGUAUCAUUUUGCUGUGAUUUUUGACACGAGUCAGAUCUCCGGGGAAAAUGACACGCUGCAGUUUUUGGUGCAGGCAAAGAGUGCUAAUCCGGAGCACAAACUCUCCGACAACAUUCUGGAUCUCUCCAUCCCUCUGGUUCACGAGACAGACACCACCAUUACUGGUGUGGUGACACCGAGCUCCUUCACGUAUGGAAACUCUGUCGAUGAGUCGCGGUUCAUCCUGUUAGAUGACAUGGAGUGCCAGUUUCAGCCACUGAAUUUAACUUUCCAGGCGAUAAAUAACGGACCCAGUAGGCUGCCCGGCUCCACUGUGGACAUCAGGAUCCCCAACCGACUGUCUGGCAGCGGAGCCGACAUGUUCCAAGUCAUAGAAACGCAGGUGGUCGAUGGACGAGGAAACUGCACCCCGCACAGGAACCCGACACCCUGCACCAUCCCCCAGGACCGCGAGAGCAUCUUCCACUCCAUAUUUGCCUUCUUCACCAAGUCCGGUCGCAAAGUCUUGGACUGUGACCGACCUGGACGGGCGUGCAUGACAAUCUCCUGCAGCUUGGGCCCUCAGUUGAAAGAGGAAGCGCUGAGUAUAGAUGUGAAACUGCUGCUCAACACUGAGAUUUUGAAGAGGGACAGUUCGUCUGUGAUCCAGUUUGUGACAAGGGGCAGUAUGCAAGUGAACAGCAGGGCAGUGGAGGUUCCCAAAGGCCUGCCAGAGGACAUUUCGCUGAUCUUCGAGGCGCUCCACAGCCAGGAGCCGAGGGGCUACGUGGUGGGCUGGAUCAUCGCCAUCAGUCUCUUAGUGGGGAUCCUCAUCUUCUUGCUGUUAGCCGUGCUGCUCUGGAAGAUGGGCUUCUUUCGCCGGCGCUACAGAGAAAUCAUCGAGGCUGAGAGGAACAGGAAAGACAGCGAUGAAAGCUGGGACUGGAUGGAAAAGAACCACUGAGGACGGCGGCAGGGGUCCCGGUGGAGCCCAAGAGAUUAGGGAUUGGGUCGGGAUGGAUCCGAUAGCAAGCCCAGCCGCCUCAGUGGCACCUUCAGUCUUCCAUAUGUGGAAGAGAAGAUUAUUCUCCAUAUUUUUGGGGACUCUAUAUUGCUUUUUGUGCGGCGGGGGUCCAGGAAACCUCGGAGGUGCCUGAGGACACUCGCUGUGGAAUUUGGGCUAAUCUCAAAGGAGGGAACUCCCAGCCAGCCUGGUUGACUGUUGAGCGAGACGUGGAGUGUGUGGCGGACUAGAAAACCCUCAGGGCUGCGUUACAUAGCGACUUUAUUUUUAUACACUUUAAGCCAUAUUGUUUUCCAUUUGAGUCCAGAGGAGGCACAGUUAUGUUCCUGAUAUGUUUUCCUAAAAGCACUGAUAAGACUGAACUCUCUGCAAAGCUUCACUCUGACGCCAAAGAUGUAUGAUUGGUUUGUAUAUUCAGUCCGUCGUGGGAGUGAGAUCGUAUCUGUUUCCGAAAUUUCGGGCUAUCUUUGCUGCACAUCUGCCUCCUCUGAUGCUCCUAUUUCUGAGUCCAACGAAUUAGCAUGAUUUCCAAUCUUCACCUAGAAUAAGUUCUUUUGCUGACGUCCAGUUUUAUUAUUUUGUUUUGGACCCCUGAUGGUGCUCUUCAUCCAACAGUGCUCAUCAGGCGGAGAAGAUCAACCCGCUCAGGAUGGUUAAUGGCUUCCCCGCUGACUGCAUGCAUUUCCUUAUUAUGUUUCUCACGUGGGUUCUUGUUUUUUGGGGGGGUCAUUUACCUUAUGCGCUGCUCAUUUUUCACCAUAGACGCAACUAAAGCAUUGUCCCAAAACUCUUCCAAAGUGGAAUAACUGCCCUUAACAUUGCUAUGCUGUUCACCCAAACCACAGUCUCUCCCGGCGGUGUGGUCCCACCUCUGGCACCAGUUACAGUUUAGAGGUCCUUUCUGGUGUCCAACGCUGACCUUGUCACCAAAGAGCCAGUUUAUAGAAGUAGGCAUCAGUUUUCCUUCUUCAGAAAUCAAACCCACCACCUCAGACAUAUCAAGAUUAGAAAGUCAUUGUUUUUGACACAGUUACAGAAGGUUUGUCACUCCUUCUUAAAUGCAUUGGAAUGUUUGAGGGCGUGUUUUGAUGGUAACAGUGCUUCUUAAACCCCCGUGACAAACAAAGAUUUAAGCCCUGGAUCCUCCUGUCAGAAGUCAUCAUUGUCCGAGUGACCCUCUCAGCCCAUGUGCUCCCCUCCACCACUGCAGGUCUCUAUUAACACUUUAUUGGCCGUGUCUUCUGCAUUUUCCGCGCCUGCGAUUCGAAAGUGCAAAUUGUCACUCGAGUUCUUAACGCUGUUAUUCACAGUUGAACCUUAUCACCCUGCAAUCACAACGCUUGUCUGAUAACACGUUCAAAGUAAAAAUAAAAAAAAAAGUUAAGUUUAGUUAUUGUUCAGGUGAGCUGCGGGCUUCUUCACAGUAGCUUUCCAGGUUUAAGUAAAGACAAAGUCCUGGAAAAUGAGUUACUAUAAGCCAGAGAUUGGAUUGAGAUUUAUGUGCAAACUGAUCCAGGCUUCAGCUGAGCAGAUUUAAUAAGUCAUCAGGUGAAAUGUUUCAGUAGGAAACAUGAGAAGAGGCCAGAUGUGAUGGAAGUCCAGUCUCGCACGGGGCCGAGGGGGGUAUGAGUAAUACCCCGAAAUAGGUGGGAAUGUGCUACGCUCAAUCACAUCACAUAAACCUGCUCCUCCAGCCUUCUGGGAAAAGCUUGUUUUCAGUCAGCAUGUCUGGUUACAAAGUUCUGACCCUGUUUGAGGCUUUUUUCUGGGCUCCCGCUGAAUGUCAUGACUUCCGAUGAACCAAAACAUCCUGACAAUGUCACUCACUUGUAUCCUAGUUAAGCUGCAACCAAAUACAAGUAUGCUAGUGGAUUUUUUUUUUUUAAAUAACGCCCACGGUUUUUCAGAUUUCUAAGUGCAAUGCCAACGUUUUCCAGACACUUUAACGCUCACUAUGAUUGCUCUCUUGUGCUGUACGAUGUUUGUUGUUUUAUCCGAUACACUUUAUUUGUAAGCAUCAAUUCCACUGGCAUGAUGGCAUAUACUGUACACCUUCACGUCCCAGUCCCGGUCAGUCAACGCUGACCCUGAAUGCAGAGAUUAUGACACUUGACUUGUGUUUUUCAUUGAUUGUAACUGUGAUGGUUAUAUUUUUCUCGUCGUCACCGGUAAUCUCACCAUGAUUUUUUUUUUUUUUUAGUGUGUGUGUGUGUGUUCUGAAUAUACUACUGUCACUGAAUAUCGUUUCCGUAUUACUUUGUUUGAUGUCAAAGAUGAUGUUGCAGUCGUUUGUCUAUAUGUUGAUAAAGUUUAGAGUGGAACAAAGCAGAACUCACACUGGUCUUUGUUGCCUUGUUGAACUUGGGCGUGUGGUGUUUGGCGCCCCCUACUGGCGAUUUCUCAAUCAUUUCCCAGGUGUGAUUUACAUUAUUAAUUUUUACAUUUCAAAUUUCUCCGUUUUAUCCAUCCAUCGCUUGUUUCCUUGCUGGUAUUGAAAACGUCCUAAAUAAGAGUAUAAAGUAAGAAACGUUCAUUCUCCUGAAUUAAUGUUGUAUUUAUUUAUUCAUUUAUACUGGGUUUCAUUGGUUUCAACAUUUAUUCAUUUAUCAUAAAUAUUAUUUAUCAUAAAUAUUUCAUAAUAAAUAAACAUAUAACUAAUAGUGUGAUGAAUCGGCGAAUGCUGCAACAAUGACUAUUAAUGUUAGUGAAGCAUAGCGUACGAGUUAAACUUUGAAUUUAACUGAAGGAAUGAAGGUACUGUUUGGGGCAAAACGGAAUUAUUUGAAAUGGGUAAGUACAAUGAAAAGGAAACGCCCCACUUUAAAAGAACACUUUUUCUCUUAUAACCACAUUCAUGGACCUCCAUUUGUCUCAGACACUGUCCAUUUCUGUGGAUGACUUGUUCCUGGAGGUCUUGUUUCUACUCACUCAUUCUUAUUAAUUUCAACUUUCAAAACAAAUUUCUGUAUGUUGA